CCUUGUGCUCACACCUGUUUUCUGCACGGUGCUCUCUAUGUUCACAUGAGGAGAGGAGAAGAACAAUCCCUUCUCCGGCUCUCCAUACCAAUAAAUAUAGUCACAUACUGCUGCAUCGUCUCCAUCUAGUAGUGGAGGAAGAGGAGAAAGGGGUAGCAGUCAGCCAUGGCGGCGGCCAAGCCCAUCCUGUACGGCGCCUGGAUCAGCUCUUGCUCUCACCGUGUCCGGAUCGCUCUCAACCUCAAAGGUGUGGACUAUGAGUAUAAGGCAGUCAAUCCUCGGACAGAUCCAGACUAUGAAAAAAUAAACCCGAUCAAAUACAUACCAGCAUUGGUAGAUGGGGACUUUGUUCUAUCUGAUUCUCUCGCUAUCAUGUUGUAUCUGGAGGAUAAGUAUCCUCAGCAUCCUCUCGUACCUAAAGAUAUCAAAACGAAAGGUCUUGAUCUUCAGAUUGCGAACAUAGUUUGCUCAAGCAUCCAACCUCUCCAAGGCUACGGCGUAAUUGGUUUACAUGAGGGUAGGUUGAGCCCCGAUGAGAGCCUUGAGGUGGUUCAACGUUAUAUUGACAAGGGCUUCAGAGCAAUCGAAAAGCUUUUGGAUGGAUGUGACAGCAAAUAUUGCGUUGGAGAUGAAGUCCAUUUGGGAGAUGUGUGUCUAGCCCCACAGAUCCAUGCCGCCAUCAAUCGCUUCCAGAUUGAUAUGACGAAGUACCCAAUAUUGUCGCGACUUCACGACGCAUACAUGAAAAUUCCGGCAUUUCAAGCUGCACUGCCCCAGAAUCAGCCAGAUGCACCUUCAGCAAAAUAAUCAAGAAAUCAAGCCAGUUACAACUAUAUGCGUGUAAUUUAUGCAAUAAUGAGGAAUGUAGUAGUCUGCAAUUGAAGAACCUCUCAUAAGUCAUAACUUGCUCCCUCCGUCCAGGUGCAUAGGGCAUCUAAUGAAAAUUUAGUAUUCCAAAUAUAUAAGUCACCAUGCGUGGAAGAAGCUCCUCUACAUGCCAUGCCGAGCUGCCGGCCGGGCUCCGGCACCAUGUAAAUUAAUAUUUAUCGAUUCACCACCAGUGAGAUUCAGCAGAAAAAAAAGGUGAUUUGACGAA